GCGCACUCGAAGCCUGGAGGGUGCUCCCAGAAUCCUCAGGGCUCGGCUCCCUUCAGGGAGGCGGCGUGUACUUGGCGCGUCCAGAGCCAGGACUGAGAGGCUCCUGGGCGGCACUGUCCCGCGCCAGCCGGCCUCUACAGGGGGCUGAGGGUAGCAGUUCCUCGGUGGGCUGGAACGAAGCUCGGCAGCGACGCGUCGUCCAGUUUGAACUACCAUCCCCAGGGGCCCCUGCGGCGCAGGACACGCUCACUUCCGGCGGGGAGGGAGUGCGGGCUAGAGCGAGCGGGCGGCUGCUGAGGGGAAAGUCAUCUAGCGCGGGAGCCGGCAGCUGAUGGUCUGACAGAGGAGCGGCCGCGCGCGUCCGGCAGCCCGUGGGCGGCGGGGCGUGCAGGAACGGAUGACGGCGCGAGGCCGUGCUCCGGACAGCCUCCCGAGGGAGGCCAGUCCUGCGCACUCCCGCCGCCGCCGCCGCCGCGAGCCCGGCGCCAGCCCCGUUGGGGCCGUGAGGCUGGAGGGGCGGACCGGGACUGAGUGCACAGCUUUCCAGGGCGAGGUCGCGGAACUCCUCCCGUUCCUGCCCCGCACUCCUCUGCUGCACCCACGUCCCUGCCGCCGGAGUGAGGACAGACGGCGGGAGGAAGCGCUCUGUGUCGCGCUGUGGCUCGCAGCCGCGCUUCUCUUCGGUGGUUGCGCUGAGUGACACGCGACGUCACGGGAGCACACCACGGAGCGUGAGCUGCCUCGUUUUCACAGAGAGGACCUGAAGGGUGCUGAGGGCAGGUGACCGCCGGCUAGUGGGGGAGCCAGGAUCCGGAUGCGGCACCGGCCGACUCCAGAAACCUUGCGACGACUCUCACAUAGUCCCCGCUACCUCUGCUUGAGGCGAGGCAGGUGUUGACAGUGGCCAGGUGGCUUUGAGAGAGGAGCCUGCAAACCCGAAGGGUAGCCGCCACGCUGUAGAGUGGUAAAGCCCUUUGCCUGAUGAGGAGCUGGGAAGAGGAGGUGAUGGGAGUUGAACUUCUUAAAGCCACGUCCCUGGAUUCAGUGACUUUCACGGAUGUGGCCAUAGACUUCUCCCAAGAUGAAUGGGAAUGGCUGAAUCUUGCCCAAAGGACUUUAUACAAGAAAGUGAUGCUAGAGAACUACACGAACCUGCUUUCAUUGGGUCUUUGCCUUUCUAAACCAGACGUAAUCUCCUUAUUGGAGCAAGGUAGAGAGCCGUGGAUGAUGGAAGGAGAGAUGACAAGAGGCUUCUGCUCAGACUUGGAGUAUGUUUGGAUGACCAAGGAAUUAUCACCAAACUGGGGCAUUUAUGAAGAAAAAUUAUCCCAGGCAAUGGUAAUGGAAAUACUUCCAAGCUAUGACCUUAAAUGUCCUACAUUAGGGGUAAACUGGAAAUGUGAAGACCUAUUUAAGAGGGAGCUGGUAAGUCAGAAGACACACUUCAGUCAGGAGACAGUCACUCAUACAGAUGCCCUUAUUGAGAGAAGAGACCACUUUAACAAAUCUGGGACAGUUUUUCAUCUGAAGAGAUCAUCUUAUCUAAAGCAGGUAUUUCCCAUCAAAGAGAGAAUAUAUAAUUUUGAGAUCGAUAGUAAAAGUUUAAAAACACAUUCGUUUGUAAAAAAACACAAGCAAGUCUACAGAGAAAAGAAACUUCUGAAAUGUAAUGACUGUGAGAAAACUUUUAGCAAAAUCUCAACACUCACUCUUCAUCAAAGAAUUCAUACUGGAGAGAAACCCUAUGAAUGCACUGAAUGUGGGAAAGCCUUCAGCCAGAGUGCUCACCUCGCCCAACAUCAGAGAAUACAUACAGGAGAGAAACCCUUUGAAUGUACUGAAUGUGGGAAAGCCUUCAGUCAGAACGCUCAUCUUAUUCAACAUCAGAGAGUUCAUACUGGAGAGAAACCAUAUCAGUGUAAGCAGUGUAAUAAGGCCUUCAGCCAGCUUGCACACCUUGCUCAACAUCAGAGAAUUCAUACUGGAGAGAGACCCUAUGAAUGUAUCGAAUGUGGGAAGGCUUUUAGUGAUUGUUCAUCCCUAUCUCAUCAUCGAAGGAUUCACACUGGAAAAAGACCAUAUGAAUGUGUUGACUGUGGGAAGGCUUUCAGGCAGAAUGCUUCUCUUAUACGUCAUCGGCGGUAUUACCAUACUGGAGAGAAACCAUUCGAUUGCAUUGAUUGUGGGAAGGCGUUCACUGAUCACAUAGGUCUUAUUCAGCAUAAGAGAAUUCAUACUGGAGAGAGACCUUACAAAUGUCAUGUGUGUGGAAAGGCUUUUAGCCAUGGCUCGUCCCUGACUGUACAUCAGAGAAUUCAUACCGGAGAGAAACCUUAUGAGUGUAAUAUCUGUGAGAAGGCCUUUAGCCAUCGUGGCUCACUUACUCUUCAUCAGAGAGUUCAUACUGGGGAGAAACCCUACGAAUGUAAAGAAUGUGGGAAGGCUUUUCGGCAGAGUACACACCUUGCUCAUCAUCAGAGAAUUCAUACUGGAGAGAAACCUUACUCAUGUAAGGAAUGCAGCAAAACUUUCAGCCAGAAUGCACACCUUGUACAACAUCAGAAAAUACACACUGGAGAGAAACCUUAUGAAUGUAAGGAAUGUGGUAAGGCUUUCAGUCAGAUUGCACACCUUGUUCAACACCAGAGAGUUCACACUGGUGAGAAGCCGUAUGAAUGUAUUGAAUGUGGGAAGGCCUUUAGUGAUGGCUCCUAUCUUGUUCAACAUCAGAAACUCCAUACUGGGAAAAGACCAUAUGUAUGUCUUGAAUGUGGAAAGACAUUCCAACAGAGGGCAUCCCUGAUUUGUCACCAGAGGUGUCAUACAGGCGAGAAGCCUUAUGACUGUAAUGUUUGUGGGAAAGCCUUUAGCCAUCGUAAAUCUCUUACACUACAUCAAAGAAUUCAUACAGGAGAAAAACCUUAUGAGUGUAAGGAAUGUAGCAAAGCCUUCAGCCAGAUUGCCCAUCUUACACUUCAUAAGAGAAUUCAUACUGGAGAAAGGCCCUAUGAAUGUAAAGAAUGUGGGAAAGCCUUCAGGCAGAGUGUACAUCUUGUGCAUCAUCAGCGAAUUCAUACUGGAGAGUCAUCCUCAGUUAUUCCCUCCUCCUCACCCCCAUAUCACCAAGUCCUCUAGAUUUAAUCUUUUUUUUAAAAGAUUUUAUUUAUUUAUUUGACAGAGAGAAAUCACAGUAGACAGAGAGGCAGGCAGAGAGAGAGGAAGCAGGCUCCCUGCUGAGCAGAGAGCCUGAUGCGGGACUCGAUCCCAGGACCCUGAGAUCAUGACCUGAGCCGAAGGCAGCGGCUUAACCACUGAGCCACCCAGGCGCCCUAGAUUUAAUCUUUUGAUUGCCUCUAGGGUCUGUCCACUUUUUUCCAGUCUAUGUCCUAUCAUCAUAGUCCAAGAUGAAACCAUCUCAUUUUUAUUUUUACCAUAGUGUUACAGCCAUUAUCCCUCUUGCUCCCCUCAAGUGCAUUUUUAGCACUAUCGCCAGCUUAAUCUUUUAAUAAUAAAAAUCUAUGCUACUUUCCCAUUUAAAACAUUUGUCUUUAAGAAUAAGUUGGUCUACCUAAAGGGCUUAGCACAUAACCGUUGACAUAUAAUUAGUGCCAUUAAGGUAAAGGUUUUCUUGCUGUCAUGUUCAGAUGCAUGUAAAAUCUAGUAGUUCAAGGCUAAGAAGCCUAUACAUUUUAGAGAAGACAAAGGAUUGUCUGCAUUCCUAGGAGGUAGAAAAAUGAACACAUUCAGGAUUGAAAGAGUCUGUGAUGGACAAGAUAACAUGUUGGCUUACCACUCUGAAUGAAUAAAUACAAGGGUUUGUAGCACUGCUGAUGAGGGACACUCACUUUCCCUGGCGCUUAGCAGUUAGACUAGGCCUGUUAGAACAAAAGCAUUUGGUAGCAUGUAGGACUAGCUAGGUAUUAAAAACAAACUAAAGUCAGCAAGCAAGAAAACUUAAACAGAUUAAUAGCCAUGAAAUAAACAGAAAAAAGUAAUUUAACACUUUUACCUUUAGAAAAGCACAGACAGUUCCUGUGAUGUUUGAAUUGUUACAGAGCAUAAAAUAAAUACAGUAAAGCUGCCCAUCUUACUCUGUGAGACUGACAAGAGUGGUACCAGAAGAAAAGCACAUAUGUUGCUUUUAGCUUGUGAAUUUUGAUGUUAAAACUUAAGCUUACUUUUUAAAUUUUAAAAGGUCGAGAAAGUAGGAAGCGAGACCUUCUUUGUAAAAUAGAAAGACUUUGGCAAAGAUAUUUCUCCUUGUGUUAAAUCUGUAAAUUAAUCAAUAGUCCAGUAAAAAUCCCAAUAUAUUUUUAAGUUGACAAGCUGAUUCUGACCAUCUAUGGAAUAUAGGAUGGUGGUAUAAUAGUGAGUAUAAUAGUGAGUGAGUGAGUGCUACGUGCCUUACUAUACUCACUUAACAUUAACUGAGCAUUUACUAAUAUGUUCCAGGCCCUGUUUUGGGUGCUGGGGAUAGAACAGAGUGCAAAAUAUGCAAGUUUUUGCCCUCACAGACCUAGUAGGAGAAGACAGACAAAAUUGAAAGUCAUACUAUGUGAAAAGUGUGCAGUAUGACCAUGAUGAGAAAUUCCCGAGAGAGGGAGCUAGGGAGUGAUGGCAAGGAGUGCCUUACUGUUCCCAGAACAUAUGGGCAUUAGAAGCAGUUAGAAGAAACUGUUUGAUACAGUGGGUAUAAGUUAGUCCUAUGGUAGAUAAUUACACUUUUGGUGUUGCAGAAAGACAGAAUUGAUGGUUUUAGAAGGAUCAUGAGUGUUCUCUUCACACUAUCAGUAGUGAUUUUCAGGUCUAGUGGAGGGUUGUUUGUUUGCUUGUUUCUUGUAUCUGGUUUUUGUAACCUUAUUGAGAUACAAUUUAUGUCCCAUACAGUUCAUCCAUUUAAAGUGCACGAUUCAUUGACUUAGUAUGUUCAGAUUUGUACAACCAUUACCACAUUUCAUUACCUAGAAAAGCCUACCCGCACCCCUGGAGGAGUACUCUUACUUGGUGCUUUUGGGUUUUCUCUUCAGACUUGCCUGUGGCAGCACAGAAGGCCAUGUGAGGGGGGCUCUCAUCCAGAGGGCAUGAGUGCUAGAAAAUGGAGCUUUGGGAUUCUCUUGACUUGGGUAGAGGCUAGGAGUUGGGUGGUCCUAUUAGAUUCCCCUUAUGUAUGGUAAAAAGGAUUUUUCAUUGCUGUGAGAGGAAGAUGGAUUAAUCAAAUGGUGUUGGGACUUAGCUCUAUGGAAAGAACGUACCUUGUACACUAAUGAAGCUCUGAAAGAUCUAAGUACAAUAUUAGAGUACAAGAAAAAUGUUAUUUCUAUAAUUUUGAGGUGGGCCUUCUUAAGUAUCACACAUAAUCCAGGAGCUGACAUUAAGAUAACAUUUAUGUGGAAAAUAUCAGAGUCAAAGUCAAAUAUACAAAUACGAGAUUGAAAGAAAAUAUUUGCAAACCAACAUAAUGAAGGAUAAUAACCCCUGAUAUUCAGAGCAUUAUUACAAAUAAAUAAUAGUAACACUAGCAAUUCAGUAGAAAAAAUGGACAAAGCUAAUGGCCUGUUCAAAGAAGAUGAAAAACAGCUAAUGGAAAUGACCCACUAUCACUAGUAAUCAAGGAAAUGCAGAAUAAAAUGAUGUUAUAUCUACUUUUUUCCCCAAAAGAUUGAUUUUAAAUCAUAGAAAAGUGAUUAUAUCUAGUGACUGUGUCAAAAACAGUUCCAUUGUUGGUUAUAUAAAUUUCUGUGUGUAUAUACCAUUUUAAUCAUUAUUACUCAGAAACCAAAGUGCACAAAUGUAGGUAAAUGUGUAAUGGCAAAAAUAUUUUUGAUGGUGAACUCAGUAGAAACCAUUCGGGGGCUGGGUAAAUGGAUAAGUUAAUUAUGGUGUAUUCAUUCAGUAGAAUUACAUGCAGCUGUUGAAAAAAGAGCUAUAAAUGUGUCUAUAGCCAUAGAAGGAUGGUUGUAUUAUGCUAAAUGAAAAACAUUUCCAGGUCUGUAUUCUAGUAUAAACUCAUAAUACCAGAAAUAAAACUUAAAAUAUGUA